GACAAGAAUUCAACGUUCCAAAUCGCGUGUAUAUAAUUGUUUCCGUGUUUCAGGCAAUAUGUGAACGAAGCGCAGUUUUACAGAAUCACUUUAGUCUGUAUGAUCAUUUCUGACAUGGGAAGCAUAUUUGUUCUGCGUGUGUUAUCAAUAUAUGUAGCUAUUUACACCGAUAUAAUUGUUUGUCAUGAUACAAACAUAAGCUGUGAAGUUUUGAAAAAAGGAAAGUUUGUGAAGGUAGAUUGUUCUUCUCGUGGAUUGACUACUGUACCAGAUUUCUGUCAAAGUAUCCAAUUAUCGACCAACACUACCACAAGAAAGAUACGUCCAAAUCAAAUCUUGGAGCUGGACCUAUCAAGAAAUGACAUCAGACAUUACCACCACAACCCAUUUCAAUGUCUGCACAAUUUGCAAGUUUUGAAUUUAGAAAGAAAUCGCAUUAAUCUUUCAAAUAAAAAUUAUUUUGAGGGUUUAUUUGCGCCAUUGGUGUCACUGCGGAACUUGAAUGUUAAACACAACUCCGAGGAGGGAUUUAUCAACGACACAGUGUUUGCCGAACUGAAAGAGUUACGAGUUCUUCGUAUUGACACGCCCAGGGAAACUGUGUUCGGAAAUCAUUUCUUUCAGUUGAGGAAACUGCACACCUUGGAUCUUUCUGGAAUACAGGGGUACUGUUACAUUAAACAUAUUGGGAAACAAACUUUUCGAUACUUCCAAUCUCUGCGGAUUUUAGAUGUUUCUGCAUGCAUGAUUAAAUAUGUCGAUAAAGGGGUGUUUGGUAAUCUCAAACACUUAACAGAACUUUACCUUUCCCACAAUAAAGAACUAGGAUUUGAAAAUCUACAAAACAUAACAUUUAACCUCACAAAUACCAAAAUAGAGAAACUGCACUUGGACUAUAUUAGGUGCUUCAUGGGACCGGCAACGCGUCUCUGUCAGCAUCAUACAAAGUAUUUGUCAGAAACUGCUUUAAAGGAGUUAAGUUUAGCUGGAAACAGGCUUGAUUGGAUGCAGAGAGGUGUAUUGCAGGGUCUUCCUAAAAGUCUUCAAAAACUAUCACUGGCAAGCAAUAGACUCUCGCUCGGUGUGUAUUCAUUCGAAUAUCGAUUAUUGGGACGAAUGAAGGAACUCAAUGUAAGCUUUCAGGUAAACCCACCUAGUCUAACAAAGAAACUAUUUCAGAAUUGCUAUGAAAGUUCUGACGUCUCCUCGUGCUCUCCAUCUACAGAGGAGCAAGAGUCCAUACAGAUUUCAGAUGAAGAUGAACAGAUGGAUCUGGGAGAGAAGGAAAAACAGCCAGUUCUUAUCUUCCAGCUACCACCCAAACUCCAGAGCUUGUACUGGUCUUCAAGCCGUCUGUUUGGAGAUUUAGGCGAAUUCGGGAUAAAUGCAAUCUCCCUUAAAAAUAUAUUUUUUCAAAACAACAUUUGGUAUGAAUGGAUUGGUCCAGUGCAUGGAGUGGAAGCCAUUGAGGAACUUGAUUUAUCUCAAAAUUUUUGCUAUAAUAUUUCAACAGAAUUCCUUGUACACUUUUCUGGCGUAAAGACGUUAAAAUUUAGAGACAACAACCUUGCGAAAAGUUUAUCGUUGGAUCAUAACGGUUCAACAUUCAGAAAUCAGAUAUCUUUAGAGUUUUUAGAUUUAUCAAACAAUGGUAUAGAAAGCCUACCACAGCGGAUAUUUAAGAACGCUUCGAAUAUGAUACAGUUGUUGCUAAAAACGAACCGACUAUACAAGUGGGAUGUUAAGAUUAAUCACAUGAAAAAAUUAACAGUUUUGGAUCUUUCAGACAAUCGACUCACAAGUUUUAGUUCUACAGACAUGACACAAUUAGAAAAUCUUUUCCAUCACAGCAACCUAACGGUGGACUUGACCAAUAAUCGCUUUUCAUGCACAUGCGAGAACAUAGCAGUUUUGAACUGGCUUGUUGCUUUCGGUUCACAUUUUAAAGGUAUUGAAAAUUAUAAUUGCUUGGAUGAUACCCUAAAUUUUCACGACCUUCAGAAAUCGGUUGAUAUCUUGACAGAAAAAUGCAAAUCGUACCUAUUUUGGUAUGUAAUAGGUUGUUUUGGGUGCACUUUGAUUGUUACAAUCAGUGCAUGUUAUUUAAUUUACAGAAACCGCUGGAGAAUACGUUAUAUACGGUACAUGGCAAACAAGAAAUUUCGAGGUUAUCAUCGACUUCAGUCCAAUUCCAGUGGCGAGUUCGAAUUUGAUGCUUACGUUUCAUACUCCAUUAAUGAUCUAUCAUUUGUGAAAAACGAGAUGGUACAAAACCUGGAAGAACAGUCCGACAUAAAACUUGCAAUAAUGCAUAGAGAUAUGGAGCCUUGUGGUGCGCAUGCAUCUAAUAUAAUGGAUUUCAUCAGUCGAAGUAAACGAACAAUAUGUGUUGUCUCGAAAAAUUUCUUGGAAUCCGAAUGGCAGGAUUACGAGUUGAAUAUGGCUAGGAUGGAAGGCAUAGAAGCGAGAAAAACGUUGAAGUUUGUGUUUUUAAUUCUUAUGCCAGAUGUAUGUCAGUCAAAGUAUCCAAGAAAAGCUCGUGACUUCAUUAAGAAAGGGUGUUAUAUAGAAUACCCCGAUCAGACUUUUGGACAAACAGUAUUUUGGGAGAGUCUUAGAAAAGAAAUCGAGAGAGAUUUAUCCUCAGUUCCAUAGCAUUGUUAUUAAGACAUAUCCAUAAUGACAUCAAAUUUCACCGUAAUUAUUAUUUUGAAAGUGAAUUUCGUAACUAUCAGCUGAUUUGGUGAUGUCUGGAGGGGUGGGGUGAGAUACAAUUAGAACAUUUUAUUGAUGUAGUUAUGAGUUUAGCUGCGUUAUUGAUUUAACACACUUCCUGUUCUUGCUAUUUGACCCCUUCACUAUAAUUAUACUUUGCGCCGUUGAUCCGAACAGUUAAGUAUCUGGGAAAAUAUCAAGGAAGCUAUUCGGUAAUAUCAAAUACUCACGUUGUAACUAAUUCACAAUAAGAAUACAGUAUGAUAUUUGAUCUGAACGUAUUUUAUUAUAUAUAAAAUAUACAAAAGGAUCAGAAGCAAGUUGGUACAACUUACGAGUUCUUCUCCUUAACAGUAUGAGAUAAGACCUGUAGUCAUAACCUCCAACUAUAUUUGAGAACAUCUUAGUUUUUGUCUUUGAAUAAUCUCAGAAACUACAGAGGAUCGAAAGAAAACCUUGUAGCUAACUAGAGCUAAAAGUUCAAGUGAGUUUUUCUGAUCACAUUUUGUCCAUCUGUAAAAUUUUAACAUUUUCGACUUCUCUAGAACCACAGGGUUAAUUUCAAACAAAUUUGUACAAUAGGGGAUUAAAGUUUUGCAUGAGGAUAUAUUUAAACUUCUUAAACAAUUUUCUCAAGAACAGCAGGACAUGAUUUGUCCUAUUCUAUGCGAGCUUCAAUAGGUAUUGCAGAUUCAUGAGUUUGUUGAAAUUGUGGCCCCCGAAAGUAGGAUGGGACAACAAUAUUGGAUUAACAUUUUACAUGGGAAUAUAUAUAGAAACAUAUUUUUAAAAAUUCAUCUCAAUAACAGCAAGGCUAUAAUUAUUUCUAUUAAGGUGCAAGCAUCACCAGGUAUUGUAGAUUCAAGUUUAUUCAAAUUAUGACCCCGGGGGUACAUGUAGGUUGGGGUCACAAUAGGAGAUCAAAGUUUUACAUACGAAUUUUUGCAUGAGAAACAUUUUUAGAAUCUUCAUCUCAAAACCAGCAGGGUCACGAUCAGUCAUAUUAAUAUGUAAGAGUUUACAGGUAGUUCAAAUUCAAUUUUGUUCACAUCAGGGGCCCUAGGGUUAGGGUGGGACCGCAAUGUGAAAUUGAAUUUUUAUAUUAAAGCAAUUUCUUUUCAAAAGUAGCUGCUUAGUAAGUUGUUUUAAAAAUCAUACAGAGUAAAUAAUUUUGUAUUACAAAUGUUCAUCUUUCAAUCCUCUAAUUACUUCAAUAUAACCGCCAUGUUGUCAGUCUUUCCAAACGUAAUUCGUAUUCUGCAAUUUCAUUGGCUAAUAUGCUUAAUCCUGUCUUAUCCAAUUGAGCGUUUAUCUUUAGUACCUCAUUGUUUUGUCAGUCGUAUAUAAGGAGCUGCAAAAUCAAAUUUAAUUACUCUGCUACGGGUCAAGAAUUGUAAGGUUCGUUCCACAAGAACUCCGUGUUCGUUUCUUUGUUUACAAUGUAGAUCGAUUUACCCAUAGUAGAUUAAUAUUUAGGUUCAGGGUAAAAUUACCACAUUCUACUUCUUUUUGGGGAUAUAUCUACACUUGGGUAUCCUGGUAUCUAUUAUUAGAAUUUAGCUACGUAUCGGGUGUGUGGAAGUCCGUUAGAGCAAUAUAGAAAUAAUUUUCAUUCCUUCUUCAAUAUAAUUUGUUUUUCAUAUAUCUAGUUAUCUGAUUAUUUUCAAGUUGGAUAAUUGCAGUUGUCAUAUUUUUGGAAAACCUAUUUGUUAUCAACUAGCCUAAUAUCAUUUUUAUUUUUGUCAUAAUAAAUUCAUAAACUUUACAAUUGAUAUAUAUGUAAUUGCAUGCAUAUGUCUUGCAUGCAAUUAUAUAUCAUUAGUGCUUUGUGCUUUUUUUUAAUGCUAUAUAGUCGGUUAAAGAGCUCUUAGCUCAUGUUUAUUGUUUACCUGUAUAUAGUUCCGACUUUAAAUAAAAAUUACUUACUUAC